AAUCACACUCAAUACCUGCACAAGAACAUGGAUCACGCCUAUUAUGCGUCUAAAAUCGUCGGUCCUGGAGAUGCAGGAGGUACAGACGCGUGGGUCAACAUUGAGCGUGCCGAUCGGAGUGAGUGGAAGACUUGCAGAUAUCUGUCCAGCACGCACCGCCAAGCCGAGAGAGUCAACCUUUCCUUUGACUUUCCCUUCUACGGUCACAUGCUGAAGGAAGUUACUGUGGCGACCGGAGGCUUUAUUUACACAGGUGAUCUCAUCCACCGCAUGCUCACCGCCACUCAGUACAUCGCUCCACUCAUGGCCAACUUCGACCCCAGCCUAUCCAGCAACUCCUCCGUCUUUUACUUUGAUAACGGCUCUGCUCUGGUGGUUCAGUGGACCCACCUCCAACUGCAGGACAAUGUCCACUCUGGCACCUUCACGUUUCAAGCCGCUCUGCACAAUGACGGACGCAUUGUCUUUGUCUACAAAGAGAUUCCUAUUGAGAUCAGCGAUAUCAGUAGCGAUAAUCACCCAGUCAAAGUCGGUUUGUCGGACGCUUUUGUGGUUCUUCACAAGAUUGAGCAGAUCCCCAAUGUGCGUCGGAGAACCAUCUACGAGUACCACAAGGUUGACAUUCUCAAGUCCAAGAUAUCCAAUGCCACGACAAUAGAAAUGCUACCUCUCCCUACAUGCUUGCAGUUCUCCAGCUGUGCUCCGUGUGUCACUUCUCAGAUUGGCUUCAACUGCAGUUGGUGCUCUCGCCUGCAAAGAUGCUCAAGCGGUUUCGAUCGAAGCCGCCAAGACUGGGUGGACCACGGCUGCCAUGAAGAGAGACGAGAUCCCCAUUGUCUGCGAGCGUUUGAUGUCACAGACACGUCGUACCGCCACCGUACAGCGGCGCCCACUCCCGUUUCGACAUCGGGACAGCGGAAGACCUCCAGCCCGACCGCCACCUCUCUUGGCAGGGCGUCUACUGCUGAAAACCAGCCGACACGAAGCGACUUGAAGGCAACGUCCACUCCUCGUCCCUCAAUCGGCCAACCUGCAGAGAAUGGCGAGGACAACGACACAGGCCAACAAGAGCAGGCGGGUCUACUAAUUGGCGUGGGCGUGGUAAUGUUUGUCAUGGUGAUGGGCAUUCUGGUGUCCGUCUACAUGUACAAUCACCCCACGUCCAGUGCCAGUCUCUUCUUUAUGGAGCGGCGUCCGGCUCGUUGGCCCACCAUGAAGUUCCGCCGCGGCUCGGGUCACCCUUCCUACGCCGAGGUGGAGCCCCAUGGCAUGGACGGUGCUACGGUCAUCGACCCCAAGCAGUCGUUUGUCAUGACCAUCAGACGAGAGAGCGAGCAGAAGGAAGGCUUCAUCGUCCCUGAUCCGAGGGAGCGCUUCCUAUGCUCGGAGAGCUCCUGA